AUGUUUUUUUUCCGCCCUAUUUUACAGAAUUUACAAAUAACAGAUCUUGUCAAUCUUUUACUGGAAGGCCACAAACCAACUACUGAUAGUUUUAGAAGUAUCUCCUAUGGUGGGUAUUCAAGUUCUUAUCUUGGAGUUCAAGUACCUGUACAACAACAAUAUUCAAGUAAUUAUCAUCAAGUUGGUGAUUAUCUCAAUGAAUCAUUAGCUUCAUUACCUGGAAGUCAAGUUCCAAGUGGUCGAGAAAGUCCUGUAUCACAUUUUGAAAUAGACUAUGGAAGUAGUAGUAGUGUACGACAUCACCACAAGGUAGCUUCAGAAACUGGAAGAAUGAGUUCUGUUCAAAAUAUGAUGCGACAUAUAGCUGGGACUAAUCUAGAUGGAAGUGGAUUGCGUAGUCAAGAAUCGGAAGGCAGACUACUGGAUCGUUUCCGUGAAGUAAGUACUACUAUUAUAGAUAAUAUUAUUUGUAUAUGGCAUGUUCAAUUGAAUACAUAA